AUGAACGCUCAGAACGGGCCAAGCCAGGUUGACUCAGGUACGCCCAACUCGAGGCGGCUUCAGAGCGAAGAGUUCGAGGGACAGUUCGCGUUCAUCGAUGGUCUGAACAGCCGCAAGGGUGCAGAAAGGGCGAAAACCCGGUCGUUCGUGACUAAGCAGCACUACAGGAAAAGAAGGUUCGACAAGGCUCAAAAAAGGGACGACGAAGGGAAGCAGCAACAGGCUCCCACAAAGCACGUCGUCGCUUCUGCCGUGGCAGGUGGUAGAAAAGACGGCCUUGCUUGGGAGGACGCCCAAGCGGUGAAAUUACGCCAGCAGGAUUCUGAUGCUACGCUGCUAGAGCGGCUCGGUGGAGGGCGAGCAGACCCCUUCAGCUCCUACCCGAUUCCUGCCACGAGAGAUGUGCAUGAGCUGGUUGAUCACUACUCAUUCGUGAUACCAUCACUGGUACACAAGCACUGGGCGCGCGCCGUACGGCGCCCGAGAUCCUGCUGGGAACUGUUUAAUCUGUACCGGCAAGAUGAAAUCCCAUUCUUGGGGAUGCUGCACCACGCAGCGCACCAUCUCGCACGGCUGCGGGGCCUGGACUCGACGCUUCAGUCAAUCGAGUUCAAGGAUCGGUCACUCGUUGCGAUAAAUGCCAGUCUUCGAAGGAAGAAUGCACCCUGUAGCGAUUCUACCUUGGUAGGGAUUGGCUUAUUGGCAAAUGCAGAGCGUCUCUGGGGUGAUCAAGAAGCUGCACAAAUGCACUGGGGAGCUCUUAAGCGGCUUCUAAUAGAAAGAGGAAGCUUCCCUGCUUUAAAAGGCAACCCGACUAUGCAUACAAAGCUCGUAUGGAGUUUCAUAGCAUUGUCCUGGCCGACGGAUGCUGGCUACCCAGCGUAUGUCAGUGGUUUCUCAGAUAUGAUUGGCCUUAGGCCUGGAAUCUCAGCCUCGGAUCCCAGGUCUGCUCUCGAACGCAGUUGUGAUGAACUUACUGAGUUCAUCGAACGAAGAAAGAUGCAGGUUUUGAAAUGUCUUCCAGCCAAUCCACAACAGCAGAACCGCUUGAGGGCGCAUAGAUACCGUACCACUGCUUUCGAAGACGGAGCACCUAUUUUUACAUCAUUAAGUGAGAUGGACACCGGCUACGAGAGCCCAGAUAAGCGACGAGCAGUGGACAAUUGUCGGAUGGCAUGUCUAAUUUAUCUAAAUCUCGUCAUGAUGGAACGUGGUGAUCUCUCGAAGACGACGGAGGACUACUUGAAAGCUUUGAUCCAGAUAACUGACGACAGCGAUGACGACAGCAGUCUCACAGCUAAGCAUUUGCUUUGGACUUUGUUGACACCCUUUGAGCAAAGGGACGAGGGUCAUUACGAGCGGAUUUGGAAAUCAUGCAGACUCAUUGGUGUCGUAAAGCGAUCAACGCCUCAGACUUGGUUGAUCCUCGAAAAGGCUCUGCGAGUUUUCCUGCAAAUACCCCAAGAUAUCAAAGUGUUGGCAGACGUCCUGGGCAAUUGGAAAUGGAAAUCUUCGGAUUUCUUGAAGCACAUUGACUCCAGGCCCAGCUCAGCAGUGGCAGGGGUGCUCUGGCGUCAAUCGCAGGUCGUUACUUGCUCUGAAUACUGCCAGAUAUACCCUCGCAAGCCAGCAAUAUUCUAA